AUGGGUACGGUUAAUGUGUUGUUACUCGAUCAACAACUGUCGGUAAGUAGUGGUCAAACCACUCCGGCUGUUCAACCACCCGAAGUGGCCAAAGGAGUUCAGUCGGUGUUUAUUGGUACAAAAUUGGACGUGUACAGCGCAGGAGUUACACUGUAUUUCAUGCUCACUGGUCGAGUUCCAUUCUCUUGUGGGAACGUAUUGCAGAUUUUUGAAGCUAUUGCCCAAGGAGAAUAUACCAUUCCCGGACACGUUUCAUCGAAUGCGGCCCGCCUGAUUCGAAGAAUGAUGACCAAGGACCCUAUC